CGUUCUACACUGCAAUAUGGGUGAUAUUGAUACAUCUGAGACUCAAGCCAUGGAAAUGGAGGUUCCGGUGAAACAGGUGGAGAUGACUGUGCCGAAAACCGACAACCCUACCAUACCCGCUGUCACAUUCCGGAUGUGGAUUCUGGGUCUGGCCGCCUGUGUCAUCUUGUCAUUUGUCAACCAGUUCUUCUGGUACAGGGCCAAUCCCAUGAGUAUCUCAGACAUCUCUGCCAUGAUUGCCGUCGUGCCCCUCGGCCAUCUCAUGGCCAAAACGCUACCGGCGCGGUAUUUCUUUAAGGGUACCAGAUGGGAGUUCACACUCAAUCCGGGGCCCUUCAAUAUCAAAGAACAUGUUUUGAUCACCAUCUUCGCCAACGCUGGCGCUGGAACUGUUUAUGCAACUCAUGUCUUGAGUGCAGUUAAGCUGUUCUAUAAGCGGCCUCUUGGCUUUCUUCCUGCCCUGAUCCUCAUGACUACAUCACAGAUAUUGGGGUUUGGGUGGGCUGGGAUUUUCCGCAAGUAUCUGGUGGAGCCAGGGGAGAUGUGGUGGCCAAGUAAUAUGGUUGAGGUUUCAUUGUUCAGGGCUCUACAUGAGAAGGAGAAGAGGCCAAAAGGAGGAAUUACAGUGAACCAAUUCUUCCUCAUAGUCAUUAUUAGCAGCUUCGCCUACUACAUUCUUCCCGGAUAUCUAUUCACCGUGUUAUCGACUUUCUCCUGGGUUUGCUGGCUGGCACCGAAAUCCAUCCAGGUCCAGCAACUCGGCUCAGGCUCGUGGGGCUUGGGAAUUGGAUCAUUUGGGAUUGAAUGGUCUACAAUCUCAGCUUACCUACACAGCCCUCUGGCUAGCCCGUGGUUUGCAUCUGCCAACGUUGCUGCUGGAUUCUUCAUUGUGAUGUACAUAGUUACGCCCAUUUCGUACUGGCUUGACAUCUAUAAGGCCAAGACUUUUCCCAUUUUUUCCAGUGAACUUUUCAAGGGAAAUGGUGAACCCUAUGACAUUUUGAGCAUUGUUGAUUCCAAUUUUCAUCUGGAUAGAGAUAACUACGGAAAGAAUGGACCUUUGUAUCUUAGCACAUUCUUUGCUACUAUGACUUACGGCCUGGGAUUUGCAACGCUCAGUGCUACAAUUGUCCAUGUGCUUCUCUUCGAUGGGAGGGAGAUAUGGAGGCAAAGCAAGGGAGCUUUUGGGGGAACGUCAAAGAUGGAUAUCCAUACAAAGCUAAUGAAGAACUAUAAACCAGUUCCUAACUGGUGGUUUCAUCUCAUCCUUGUGCUGAACCUUGCCCUUAUAAUAUUUACCUGCGAGUAUUACAAUGAAUCCCUUCAGCUGCCUUGGUGGGGUGUCUUGGCAGCUUGUGGUAUUGCCAUUCUCUUCACCCUCCCUAUUGGUGUCAUCACUGCUACCACAAAUCAGCAACCGGCUUUGAACAUCAUCACAGAAUAUGUGAUUGGAUAUGUGUACCCAGAACGUCCUGUUGCUAAUAUGUGCUUCAAGGUUUAUGGAUGUAUCAGCAUGGCCCAAGCCCUGAGCUUCCUCGGUGACUUCAAGCUCGGCCACUACAUGAAGGUCCCACCUAGGUCCAUGUUCAUGGCACAGGUUAGUUCUUUCUCCUAACGAAAAAAGACACUUACCAAGCGUUUUCAAGACAAAAAUUUGAAAGAGUAGAAGUAUCACGAAUAUAUACUUACACGAGUAGGGUACAGGCUUAGUAUACAAAUUCUAUAUAACAUAAAUAUCUCAACUUAAG